AUGCAAGCCCAGGAAGCUUUGGUCGUCGGCAGCAUGUGGUUUUCACACCAAACAGGCUGGAAAAUGCGCUACCUAAGACUCGUCAUAUCGGCCAUGCUAGUUACUCUCACGCAAUUAUUGCCUGCCAACGCGUCUGCAAUUGAAACCCUACAGAAGAGGAAGGGCUAUUUGUUCCGAACGCCAGCGGCAAGUGUUGCUGAAAAGCUUUCCCAUUUAACACAAGUCGACAUGAACCUUUCAAAAUGGCCUGCGAUUGUGCGGCUCUCAUCUCAUAGACCACCAUAUUAUGCGGAGCUAUUAAAUGUUUCGAAUAUGGAAGCUGGUAGGAGGGACGGUAAUUGCGGGUUAAUAAUGAUUUGCAUAGGGGUUCCAUGGGCAGUUUCAUCAUUAAGCAUCAAACCUAUGGAGUACGUAUUAAACUCAUUCGAGGAUCAUUAA